CUUGUGCGGGGAACUUUUAUUUCUACAGUUGACUGGACUGACGAGAACACGUGUUGAAUGAAUCUUUACUAAAAUAGAAGAAGUGGCAUGGGCAUAAAGUUAAGACUGGUUAUUUUUUUUAUUUAUAUUUUCCAUAAAGGUUGAAGGUCUCUGAGGCAGGCCAGCUCCCUGAUCAGUGUUUCAGAAGAAUUUAAGGUGUGUGUCUGUUUGUUAUAGAAAAAUGGGCAUCCUGCAGUUCCUGAAAUCCCAGUUCUUAAGCCAACUGCUCAUCUGCUAUGUGUUCCUGGUCAGCGGCCUCAUUAUCAACCUCUUGCAGAUCUGUACUUUACCUCUGUGGCUAGUCAGUAAGCAGCUGGCCCGCAGGAUCAACAUCAGACUGGGCUACUGCGUCAGCAGCCAGUUGGUAGCUGUCCUGGAGUGGUGGUCUGGGACAGAAUGCACACUCUACACAGACCCAAAGAGUUAUCCACUGUAUGGAAAUGAGAACGCAAUUGUGGUUCUCAAUCACCGUUAUGAGAUUGACUUCCUGUGUGGCUGGACCCUUUGUGACCGAUUCGGAGUUCUUGGGAGCUCAAAAGUGUUAGCCAAAAAAGAGUUGAGUUAUGUACCUGUUAUUGGCUGGAUGUGGUACUUCCUGGAGAUAGUUUUCUGCAAGAGGAAGUGGGAGGAGGACCGGAGGACAGUGGCUCAGAGUCUUCAGAACCUGCAUGAUUACCCAGAAAACUUCUGGUUCUUGCUUUUCUGUGAAGGAACACGCUUUACAUCAAAGAAGCACCAGAUCAGCAUGCAGGUGGCUGAGAGCAAAGGUUUACCCAAACUGAAGUAUCAUCUUCUGCCCAGGACCAAAGGAUUCUGGGUAACUGUCCAAAACCUCAGAGGAACUGCUGCAGCUGUGUAUGAUUCCACACUGAACUUCAGAAACAAUGAAGUGCCAACCUUGCUUGAAAUUCUUAACGGGAGGAAAUAUCACGCGGAUUUAUAUGUGAGAAGAAUCCCUCUAGAGUUGAUCCCAGAAGAUGAGGGAGAGUGUGCUGCUUGGCUCCACAAACUCUACCAGGAAAAGGAUAGCUUUCAGGAGCAUUACACACAAACAGGGCAUUUCCCUGGCACCAUAGUGAGCCCUCCUCGCCAACACUGGGCCUUGAUCAACUGGCUUUUCUGGGCCUGCCUGCUCCUCUUCCCACUCGGCCUGCUACUCGUGCAACUGGUCAGCUCUGGCUCGAUACUGACCAUCUUAGCUUCUGUGGCUGUCUGCUCUGCAGCUUCACUGGGAGUUCGCUGGAUGAUCGGCCAGACUGAGAUCGACAAAGGCUCAAGCUAUGGGAAUGUCAAGGUUCCUUUAAACAAUAACUAAAGACUCCAGGCGGAGUCUGCACUGCUUCUUGGCACAGCCACUUAUCUGCCUGCUGCCGGCAGGAGAACGUGUAAACACCGUUCUGACAGAACUGGUCCGACAAGUGCAAACCUGCUUCAAAGCACACUGUAGUCUGGAUUUAAAGCUAUGCUGCAGGAGCUCAAGAUCAUGAAACUGGACCUUAGCUUCCUUUGGUAAACUUAUGAUAAGAAUCAGAGUGUAAAUAUUUGAAUACAGUCAAGACAAACAUUUUCGCUGGUAACUCAAACUGGAAAAUAGAAUAGAAUAGAAAUUUGUGUAAAAUAGACUACCUCUUUAAUUGUAAUGUAAAGCAAGAAAAUACACUUCAAAAACAACAUAUUUGUAUAUUAAUAUUGUUAAUCCAUAUGUGUCAGUGCCUGUGUUCACCUAACUCCUCAGAAAAGGUUAAGUAAAAAAUACAUUACAAAUUCCUGCACCUGCCAGAUGAAAAGUGAAUAUGUACUGUGUGUGAUUUGAAUAUUUGGAAAGUAAGAAUACUUUAAAAGAGAUGAUAAAGCAAUAUCUCACCUCAAAUUCUACAUCAUUGUACAUGUUCAUACUCGUGCCUCUGCAGGUUGAAAAAUGAGGAACGAGUCAUUAACUGAUUUCCUCGUCACUUGUGGUUUAAAAAGAAAACCUACUAUACUUUGGAGCCACAGCUGAUCUAUACAUCUCUUCAUGACAGGAAACAGAAACAAUAACUUGGAGCAUCUGACUAUUUAAGACCUGACGUUGAUAUAUUUAUAUAUUGAGAAAAUCUUCUGUACCUUUUCAUGAAACUAAAAAGAAAUGAUAGUAAGCAAUGAUACAUGCAUACAUUAAAUUGUUAACAUCUGCAUCACAUACUUCAUCACCAGGUCUACAAAACGCAUUUACUGUGUGUGUGUGUGUGUGUGUGUGUGACUGAAAAGUAUAAAUCAAAGCUCAAUUGUUAACUAAUCUAAAAUGAAUGCUUUAUACAUUUAUAAUAAGACAUUAUUCUAAUGUAUAAUUAAUACACCUGGUAAGUCAUCUGCAGUUAGAACUAUUAAUAAUUGAUUAAGGGUUUUUACAGUAAGUUAAUAAUUGGAUUUGCAUUUUUGGGAUGCAGAAUCAGUGACAUUUUAAAUCACUUCUCAAAACAUAUCUUAAAAAAAAAAACCUUUUAUUAAUGAGAUCACACCACUUUAUUGUCUUAUGUUUAAUGUUAUUGCUUUUUAUGUUAUAUUACCUUUGGGUGUUUUUUUUAUUGCUGCAAUUGUGUGAUUGUAUUUAAUUGAAGUCCUAAACAUUGUUUUUUCCUGCUUCAACCAUGUAAAGCACUUUGUAAAGUGGUGUAUAAAUAUAAUAUUUUUAUUUUGUUCCAGAUACUCUCUGCAGCCACUUUACUUUUUUUCCCACAACCUAGUUACUCAAAGGUUGAACUUAUAAACUGCUUUUAGCGGAUCUAUAAAGCAUUAGUACAUUAUGUAUUUACCAAUAAUAAAGACAUCAGUUGCAAUGCA